CUAAUUCGGUAAACCACUAAUUGAUAAUUGCACAAUUCAAAAUGGCCUCCCUUCAAUUGAGUGGCUACCAGUGUGAGUUUGUUGAGAGUGUGGGGGAUUACGAAUGCCCCCUGUGUCUGCAUGUGACCCGAGAGCCCAGCCUCACCAGCUGCUGUGGACAGCAUUUCUGUCAAACCUGCAUCCAAAAGAUAGCCUUCGACAACAAACCUUGCCCUCUUUGUAAAGAGAGCAGUUUCACAACACUUUUAGACAAGAAGCAACGAAGAAGAGUUCUCGAUCUCAAGGUCUACUGCGAUAAGAAAGCUGGUGGUUGUGACUGGGUGGAUGGUUUGGGAGAGCUAGAACAACACCUUGGUGAGAAAUGCGAAUUAGUUUUUGUGAAUUGCCCACAAAACUGUGGAGAAGCUUAUGCGAGGAGAUUUCUAGCAGCUCACAUAAUAUAUGACUGCCCCAGAAGACCACACAGCUGUAAGUACUGCCAUCUGAUGGGAAAGUAUCAAGAUAUUCAAGAUGUCCACCUCCCAGUGUGCCCAGAGUAUCCGGUGGAGUGCCCCAACGAGUGUGGAGUGGCUCCCCUAGCAAGAGGUCAACUGGAGGGGCACCUGAGAGAAUGUCCUCUGGCAAUGGUCGAAUGUGAGCUGAAGGAGCUGGGCUGUGAGGAGGUGGUCCAACGGAAAGAUGUGGACAAACACAUGGAGCAAGCUGCUCAGAAACACUUGAGGAUAAUGGCUAGUCACUACCUAAAAAGUCAGAGGAGGCAAGAUGAAGUGAUCGCUAAAUUACAAGAAGAUAAUGAAAAAUUACACAUCGAAUUGAAGGAGUCAUUCGAAGAGAAACAAAGAAGCUCAAAAAUGCCCGCUGUAACUACUCAAGAUAAAGCAAUGUCCAGGUUCCGACGCGGGAGAGUAACACAAGAAUUUGAACCCAAAUCGAAAGAGUUAUCAGCUUUAUCCAGCCAGAUAGAUAUUCUUACACGUCAUGUGGGCGUUACCUCCACUAGUGUGACCGUCAACUAUACAAAGAAAAAGGUAAAGCACCAAAGCUGGACAAAUACUCAGCAGUUUCGUACCGUUCCAACAGGAUACAUCAUGAAGAUUAAUUUGUUUUUCAAUAGUGGUAGUCUGCUUGAAGUUGAGCUCACCCCUAUGAUGUCCUCAGCUAACGACAAGCUCAAGUGGCCAAAAACCUUCACUGUGACAGCCAAUAUGCUCAACCAGGCCGAUGACCAUGAUCACCACCAGAUUACCAAAGAUUUGGAAGUUAAAAGGGACGAGUGUAACGAUGAAAUUCAAAUCGACUACGACACUAUAGAUAACCCACCGUCUGGAGUGCAGUAUAUCGUCAAUAGCCACAUCAAGUUCCAAAUAUUUGUGACAGAAAAAUAAUCGUCUGACUACAUGUACACUGUACAUUCUAAGUUUGACUGAAUAGCAGUAACACUACAUGUACAUGUACACGUGAAUAACAUACAUUUUGUAGCUAGAGUACAUGUACAUGUGAAUAACAUAGCUAGAGUAUUAUGUACAGUGUACAUGUGAACAACAUACAUUUUGUAGCAAGCAUUUUGUAGAGUACAUGUACAAUCGUGUUGUAUGCACAUACACAUAUUUUUGCUGUAUACUUUUAAUUAA